UACGAAACUAUACUUCUCCGUUCGUAUACAGUUCUAUCCAGCUAGAAGGUAUCUACUGGGCUAGGAUUUGACAGCCGUCUGUGCCAUUGUUUUGACUACGCAUAACCGUCUUUCAGGCGCUUGUUCUCAAUCACCACUACGCACUAACAUUCGACGACAGUCACAUCAAAUCAACCCACCUUUCCAACUUACCACGGAUAACCACUGAUGAAUGCCACAGUGGUUAUCAUUCCAUAUACAAAUCAGACGCUCAACUUUGAAAUCAUAUAUUUGUACUGUACCUUCAAAUUGACCAAUGAACAUUAAAAGGCUUGAUUCUUCCACAAUAUCGAAUGAAAUGCCUUCCAGCUGGAUUGCCCUGUGUACGUAUAUAAGAGCUAAUUACUUGCCGCUAGUAACCGUAAUAAAUAUUUUAAAUUAUUUUUAACGCAAUGCGCAACCUAAAAUUACAUUCAGCUUUCAGUUCGCCAGAAGAAACAGGACUUUGUCGUGCUCCCAAAAAUGCAACGUAGCAAACUUUUAAAAGUCCUCCGAAUUCCAUAUCGAUAAACUUAAUGAAAGUGACUUAUCCCAAGUCUAAUUCUUCGAAAUGCACUAGCGUAAACUAUACGUUAUAUAGGUAUAAUUACUUAUAUAUAUGUAAAUAUACAUACCAUCACUUGUAUCAAUAAACUGGUGCACAGUACCGUAGCGGCAUUAACCACAGCAAUAAGUGCACAGAGUACCCGAUAAAAGGAUGUAUCCUCCUAAAGAAGCACGUAUGUAAAAUCCAUCCCAUAAUUAAGAUAAGUAACGUUACGCAACAUACGUUCCCUCUAUUUUUCUUCAUCUAUACACGUAUACGUCCACAUAUGCUUCGAGUACGAAAGUAUAGUGACAUACAUAGGUACUCCAGUAAUCAGCUGGCACUAGAUAUCGGUCCAGGAUCUCAAUGAUACGAGCUGGUAAAAAUGCCUGUCGACACACAUAUUUACCGACUGUUUGAUCAAUCACAGAACCAGCCUUAGUCACACAGUUACGUGUAUCGCAGUAAACUCUCUUGGCAUACAGAGAAUACAGUUGGAGGACAUAUCGGUAGGAGCCAAACUAUAGAGGCAUAAAGUAAUAUCGGCCACUCGUCAAGAGAGUACAGAGGUUUUGUUUUCUAUAUAGUACGCAGCGCCCUAUACGCAGACUGCCUGAAUACGAGAGAGUAGGAUAUAUCCGAGACGGUUAAAGAGAGAAAGAGAGAGAGAGAGGAACACAGAGCAAAGCAACUCCAGAGCUUUUGGGGUAUUUGUAAAACGGGGUUGCCGGAGAGGUGGCGCCCUCCCUCAUGUCUUCGAUCGACCCUGCUACCUUCCUUUCUGCUUGUCCGUCCGUCUCUACGUCAUCCCGUAAGGGUUGUAUUCAGCGCCACUGAGCCAGUCGCUACUCGGUCACCCUCCAAGUAGGGGCUGCUGCUCUCUCUCUCUCUCUCGUUACCACGAACAAGCCUUUGAACAGUUGUUAACGUGGUACCCGUACGCUCGAUACAAAACGGCUGCAACUGGAUUUAUAUUCGAUUGCUAUUCAUCGAUAAUAAUCCAACUGCAUAUUCACGGGUAUCGUCCUUGGCGGAGCACGAGUUUUCAUAUUCAUCAAGGCGCUACCAUGCCGCACAACCCACGGUGCUGGAGUUACUUUAAUUCGUCUGCUGCUGCUGCUACGCGAACUUUCCUUGGAUAGGAUACACUCGUUUGGAAUUGUCUCCGGUAAGCAGUAUCCUCGACCAGGAUAUACAAGGUUGGGCUUGGAAAUAAAAAAACUCAAAUCAUCCCAAUCAAUUGAAACGGACGACAGUCCGGAAGCGGAAGGAACUUCUUGAAGUGAUAAUAAGAUGUGAAAUUGGAGCCUGAUCUUGAGCUAUGUUGGGUACCGGUACAGAGGAGGAGGACGCCGAGGAUGUGGAGAAGAACAGCGAGGAGAGGAGCACAUCGUCAAGAAAUCGCGACCUCGUGGAAGGACUGCGGGUAGAUACCAUCGACAGAUGGCCCUAAGGACAUGCCGAUUUCGUGGACCAGGUACCAGCGAUGUUGUACAUAGGGAAGAAAUCCAAGAUCGUCAUAAAAAGGGAGUGAUCGUCCUCCUCGUCGUUUUCGACGUCGUCAUCGUCGUCCUCGUCAUCAUAGACGGCGUCCACGCGAGGCUGAUCCUUCCGUAUACAACUGGCAGACGAGUAGUGACCGGAUACUCGUUGCCGGAGAACUUGCCGAUGAACGAUCUUAUGAUGAUCCACAUAAGGAAAACGUUCAGGUGACGAAACACCGUGUUGCUGAGGGCAAGUGUUUAGUGCGUAUGUGUACCUGUGUUUAGUGCCGAGGAGAAAGCGAUACUAAGGGCCGGAAGGUCAAAGGUCAAGGUCGGUAAUACAAUUUCGAAGGGAACCAGAAUCCUGGACCGAGAGAAGAGACGAGAUCAAAUUGAAAAUGGAGAUGAGACCUUAGGAGAGACCGAAUAUACAAGUAGCAAGGUCUCUGCGUGAUUUCCUGGGACGAGUCUGUUUCUCAUGGACCCUUUUAUGAAUUUCUACCUGAUCCUGGAUCAGGUCUGCUUGGUGUCGGGACGCUGAGAAAAAUAUUUUUUUUUUCAUUGAUCCCCAAGAAAAUCUUGGUCCAGGACCUUUCGUCUGGGGUGACAAAGGUACUGGGUGAUCUUGACGACUACGAGGGGACUCCUCGAGAUCCUUGGAUGCUGUGUUUAACAAGUGCGUGGCCUGCUUGAGAUUGUAAAUUAGUAUACCGAGUGCACUGUGGUUAGGGGUGGAUUGAAAAAUAAUUUUUUUUUAAAUUUUACCCCUACUGGACAUGAGACGCGAUUUUACUGAUGAUCAUGAGAGUCGCGCCUCUGGCUUGCAAAGGCCCUGAGCCGCAGCGAGCAAGGACGCUGAUUUAACGGAGAAAGGAUGCCAGGGGGUCGUAGGGGCCUAGUAGCCCCUCAAAAUACGUUCCUGGAGAACAUCAUCCGCAGAAGCAGUAGCCAACCCGACAGCAGUUUCCUGCUGGCCAACGCGCAAAUCGUCGACUAUCCCAUUGUCUACUGCAACGAGAGCUUCUGCAAGAUUUCCGGCUACAAUCGGGCCGAGGUGAUGCAGAAGUCAUGUCGCUGCGGAUUCAUGUACGGUGAACUGACCGACAAGGAGACGAUAUCUAGGAUCGAGGAAUGUCUCGAGGGUCAUAUCCACGAUCAAUUUGAGAUCCUCCUCUACAAGAAGAACAGUACCCCACGAGAGACACCGCUAUGGCUGCUGCUACAGAUAGCACCGAUAAAGAACGAACGGGAUCUGGUGGUCCUGUUCCUGUUAACCUUCCGGGACAUCACGGCCUUGAAACAGCCAAUAGAGGCGGACGACAGCAAGGGUGGAUUAUCAAAGUUCGCGAAACUCGCCCGAUCCGUAACGAGAUCGAGAUCCGUGCUGGUCUCGCAAUUCAGUUCCCAUUUGCCGGCGCUGAAGGAUUCCGCAUUGCCUACCACUGCGAAACAGUCGCAUCUGGCGCACAUGAUGUCACUCAGUGGAGAUGUAAUGCCACAAUAUAGACAAGAGGCCCCAAAGACGCCGCCUCAUAUUCUUCUGCAUUAUUGCGCCUUCAAGGCCAUCUGGGAUUGGAUUAUAUUGUGUCUAACGUUCUACACGGCCAUCAUGGUACCGUAUAACGUCGCCUUUAAGAAUAAGACUAGCGAGGACGUUUCGCUGUUGGUGGUUGACAGCAUAGUCGAUGUCAUUUUCUUUAUUGACAUCGUACUCAAUUUUCAUACGACUUUUGUCGGUGCCGGCGGUGAGGUGGUGUCCGAUCCUAAGGUUAUCAGAAUGAAUUACCUCAAGUCCUGGUUUAUUAUCGAUCUUCUGAGCUGCCUACCUUACGAUGUCUUCAAUGCGUUUGAUCACGACGAGGAUGGCAUUGGUAGCUUGUUCUCCGCCCUGAAGGUUGUCAGACUUCUCAGACUCGGGAGAGUCGUUAGAAAAUUGGAUCGGUAUCUCGAGUAUGGCGCUGCCAUGCUGAUCCUUCUGCUCUGCUUCUACAUGCUAGUCGCCCAUUGGCUGGCCUGUAUUUGGUACGUCACAUUAAGGAUCAACAACCGUAACCCGUGGCCGACUGUUCCUCGUUUAAGGUAUUCCAUAGGAAGGUCUGACGCCGACAAUGGGGUUCAAUAUUCCUGGCUGUGGAAACUGGCGAACGUUACUCAAUCACCGUACAGCUAUUUGUGGACCAAUGCUAGUACAGCCCCAGAAUUGGUAGCUGGUCCAUCUCGCCGCACUAUGUACGUCACUGCCCUUUACUUCACGAUGACCUGUAUGACUUCCGUGGGUUUUGGUAACGUCGCCGCUGAAACGGAUAACGAGAAAAUCUUCACAAUCUGCAUGAUGAUCAUUGCUGCGCUACUUUAUGCAACCAUUUUUGGCCAUGUCACAACCAUCAUCCAACAAAUGACAUCCGCUACGGCCAAAUAUCACGACAUGCUAAAUAACGUACGAGAGUUCAUGAAGCUUCACGAAGUUCCAAAGGCCUUGAGCGAACGUGUCAUGGACUAUGUAGUGAGCACGUGGGCCAUGACAAAGGGUCUUGAUACCGACAAAGUCCUCAAUUACUGUCCCAAGGAUAUGAAAGCUGACAUUUGUGUGCAUCUGAAUCGCAAGGUCUUCAAUGAACAUCCUGCCUUUAGACUAGCUUCCGACGGUUGCUUACGUGCAUUAGCCAUGCAUUUCACCAUGUCCCACAGUGCACCUGGGGAUCUGCUUUACCACACGGGAGAGUCUAUCGACUCGCUCUGCUUCAUCGUCACUGGAAGUCUGGAAGUUAUUCAGGAUGAUGAGGUCGUCGCGAUUCUCGGAAAGGGUGACGUCUUUGGGGAUAGCUUCUGGAAAGAUUCUGCCAUUGGACAGAGUGCUGCCAACGUCAGGGCUCUCACCUAUUGCGAUCUUCAUACUAUCAAGCGCGAUCGUCUUCUGGAAGUUUUGGACUUUUAUCAGGCAUUCGCGAACUCGUUCGCCAGGAACCUCGUUCUUACAUACAAUCUGCGUCAUCGGCUGAUCUUCCGGAAGGUGGCGGAUGUCCGACGUGAGAAGGAAUUGGCUGAGAGAAGGAAAAACGAGCCGCAGCUGGAUCAGACGCAGGAUCAUCUCGUGCGGAAGAUCUUCUCGAGGUUCAAGACCGACGGGGAACCCCAGACGCACGUGACGAGAGCCCUGACUAGUCGGCAGACACAGGAUUCCGACGAGGAGCUCACCGUGAACGUCCUGCCGCCCUGGCCAAGUUUUAGAUUUCGACGGGAGAGGCACGCUGCUGAUGUCGAGAAAGGGGACGGGAAGGAUGGUAAGGAUGCCGAGUCCUCGCACUCCAGGAAACUCUCGUCGGCUGAUGAAAACAGUACAGGUCGGGCACGGCCUAGUAAAUGGGGACGUCUUCUGGGAAGUUCCAGUUUGGAUUCUGGUAGCGAUACCGGAACCGGAACUGACACCUUCAAGAGAUCCCUGAGCGCCCGGGACUCGAGACCGACUUCGAGCGCGGGAACCAACAAGGUCUUCCCUAAGCUGGGUAAACUGGGCGGCACUAUAGAGGAAGUCAGUGACGCCGAUCACCUCAAAGAUCCUCAUCCGACGCAACCAGCGAGUCUCGGCGUAGAUUCUAAGCAGCUGUCCUUGAGACGGCUGGAGAGCUACGACGGCGGUCUGAUCUCUCAGCCCAGCCACGACCGCGAGAUUCUCGCAGCGGUUCUCGAGGUUAAGGUCGACCUGAAGCUCGAGGUGCAGCGUGUGAAUCAGCGCUUAGCCAAGAUCGAAGAUAUGCUACAGAAUCUCAUAGGUCGGCUACCGGCGGCUAGUCCACCGGCUACGGCAGGGACGCCAACCCAGCAGCAACCGUCGCAGGUUUCCCAAAGGAUCCCACCAGCCGUGGUAGCAGUGUCCACGUCUUCGCAGCAACAGCAAACAGUGGACAAAAGUGGCGCGGAACAAAAGACUCCAGUUAGCACGUGCUCGACGACCCCCGUCGCGACGACGUCCUCGUCCGCGGAUCCCAGCAGGGAGCAAACAUCCACCGCGGUACCAGAGCGUCUCAGCAAGAGCCAAGAGCAACAUCAUCAUCAUCCCGAGAGGACGAAGGACCCGGACCGUCUAAGCGGCAGCUCCAUCGACUUCAAGCCCACCCGGGAGGUCAGCAAGGAACUCCUGGAGAGGCUCACUCAGGCCUCGACCUCCAGGGAGGAAAGUAACGCCCUAGGACCACUCAUCCUGCGGAAGCGUAGAAGUAAAUCUCGCAACAAGGGUGCCGCGCCUCUCGCGCCCCUCGUCACCCAACCGGUCAGUCCCACCGAGCCGACGGAAACGACCCAAAUGCUCGAGUGCACCGAGGAUCGCGAUCUGGCCGGAGACAGAAGCGAGAGGACCGAGAGGACCGAAAGAGCCGAGAGAUUGGAACGCAAGAGACCUCCACCUCGGCCACGGGAGUAUUUAUGAAAAUUCGCUCAAGCGAUAUCAUCUCAUUCGCCAAUCAUCAUCGCGGUUUGAUCACUCGGGUUCCUGCUUCAAUUUACCCGGGUGUGUACAUAUUGAUUGUGACCGUCCGAAUAUCAUCCAUCGUCUGCGACUCCAGAUUCUAUCAUCAGAGCAUGGACGUGCUAUUAUCAGGAUCGACGGGGUCUCUCACACGAUGAAGACACCUCGGCGAAUUGGACAGAGUGAUAACGGUUUGUUGCUCGUCUUCGGCGUGCCUACUAGGGACAAUAUUAUCCAAGCCGGGUGCGCCAGGUCACGUGGAACCAUGCGAUCGACGACGAUCGGUAACCGUGUUAAAAUUCAUAGUAACGCCUUCUCUGGCACCAAAGGAAAAUACCUCGUGCGCGAUAAACGUAAGCAUACAGAGGAAUUCGCUUAACGCGAAUUUCUAAUGAUACUUUAUAUCAAGAUUUAACCUGAGGCGACAGACCUUGGGCACUCGCAGUAAUAUUAACGUGCAAGUUCGCGAUCGCAUUUUCGCUAUAGGCUUCGCGCGAGAUCUCGUAUCUAUAAGUAAAAAACAAACAAAAAAAAUAAUGAAACGCUAUACAGAUAAUAUAUACAGGUGAACAAUUUUGAUAGGGAUACGUGAGAACAUUUGGAGGAGGGUGGGGGGGGGACGACGAGGAAGGGUAAACACGCAGUAUAACUACGAAACACAUUUUUGCAUGGCCGCAAAAAAGAAAACAAUUAAAUUCACGUUUAUCGCUUGCGACGGCUUCUUUUUCGAAACAUCGAAGUAUUACAAGAAUAAUACGAUAUUACGUUUAUCAAUAGAUAAAUACACGCAAUAGGAGGAAUAAAAUUUAAUUAUUAAUAUAUUAAUGAGCGGUAGGCUUGUUGUAUACGUUCGAGCGGACGUCGCUCGCGCUUGGUUUUAAAGGUUGAUUCAAUUGGCGAACGUGAAACGUCAAGGUUCAUACGAAGAGUAUGGUAGACGCGAGGAGAUGAAUUUUAUGGAAAUUAAGAAUGGAGACGAGUAAGGUGGUACUGAGCAGUGGGCUGACGUUCGCUCGUACGAGUGAGUGCUUUUUAAAAGUCUUUUCUAUUGGAUGUCUCGAGCGAACGAGAUACGAAAUUGAACGUGAGAUAAUGAGAGAAAGAGAGGGAAGGAUUCUUAUCUUCGGAGAAAACGGAUCUCCUCGUGGAUCUGUAUGUCUAUAAUUAAUUAACGAUAGGCUAGUUAGGAGACUUUUGGUAAUGAAUUGUUACUCUGGCUGUGUUCGCUAUUCCGGGGAUGGGCUGAGAGUGUGAGAGAGUGCGAGUGAGUGAAUGCGUGCAAGAGAGAGAGAGAGAGAGAGAGAGAGAGAGAGAGAGAGAGAGAGAGAGAGAGAGAGAGAGAGAACGAUUUGAUUGGUCCGAAUAUUCUUGUCAGGAUAAUAGCGUUCCCGGCUGGAUCGCAUAUAAAUUUUAAGAAGCGCGAAAAAAAACCGCGUCUCGUCACGUGUCCUUUUUUUAUUUUUAGCCAUUAAUUAUUUUACUCCGACGUCCUUGCUAUUGCUUCUGUUCCUAUUUAUUACUGUUUUCUUCUUCUUCUUCUACUCGUAUCUUCCUCUUUCUUCGCUUGAAAUUCUCAGGGGACGCUUUUCGCGAUUCUGCCCGAGCCGGAAGUCGGUGACUUUCCGAGGCGCGGUUUGAUUCGUCACGCAAGAAAAGGACCUAAGCCCGCGUACUCAUACAGGCACAUACGGGAGCCAAACAUAGCAAUAUUAGAUAUAUAUACAUAUAUACAUAAUAUAAUUAUAUACGAUAAAACAAAAUUAUUCCGAAGGAUUAUAUAGUUCACGAUUAACGAGGAUGGAUCGUUCGUGGUUCGGUUGUGAGUAUCUUUUUUUUGGAGCACGGAAAGAGAAAGAAAGGCAGACAGAAUCAAUAUACAGGGUGUCCCAAAAUUACCUGACCAACGGGGUAUGGUGGUGUUCGGGAGGCACCA